GGACAGUACAUUCAAGGGGUAGUAUCUUCUCAUUCACGACUUUUGUGGUGUGUGAACAGUGGCAGUGACCGCUUUCCGCACGUAUAUUAUAUACAUAUAACCGAAAACACACACUACUAUAAAGUUGCCAUUAAAUAAGUAUUCAAAAUGCAGGCUCUACGUAUGAACCUCCUACGCGGCCCCGUGCACGCUCGCAUGGGUGCGUCUACUGUAUCUCUGCGCAUGAAGAGUGCUAUGGCUGAGCCAGCCGAGGAAACACCUGCUCCCAAGUUCAAGACCUUCAAGAUCUACAGAUGGGAUCCUGAGCUAGCAGGAGAUAAGCCUAGAAUGCAGGAAUACAAGGUGAACAUGAACGAAUGUGGUCCCAUGGUGUUGGAUUCUCUACUGAAGAUUAAAAACGAGCAGGAUUCCACACUUACUUUCCGUCGCUCUUGUCGCGAGGGUAUCUGCGGAUCAUGCUCUAUGAACAUCGACGGCACCAACACACUCGCUUGUCUGCGUGCCAAUGGAGACGCGAACAAAGCCAUGAAGAUUUACCCUCUGCCCCACAUGUACGUGGUUAAGGAUCUGGUGCCGGAUAUGCAGAACUUCUACGACCAAUACAAGAGUGUGGAACCGUACCUGCAGAAGGCUGAGCCGCUGUCGAAGGUCGAGACCUUGCAGACUAAGGAGGACCGUGCCAAGCUAGAUGGGCUCUACGAGUGCAUCCUUUGCGCGUGUUGCUCCACAUCGUGUCCAUCAUACUGGUGGAAUUCCGAUACAUACCUGGGCCCUGCCGUGCUGAUGCAGUCUUACAGAUGGAUCAUCGAUAGCAGAGAUCAGAAAACCAAGGAGCGCCUGAACCGCCUGGAAGACAAGAUGUCGCUGUACCGUUGCCACACCAUCAUGAACUGCACCCGCACCUGUCCUAAAGGACUGAACCCAGGAAGGGCCAUCGCUGAGAUUAAGACACGCAUGGGCACCAUGUAACUCGGUUAGUGGGGAACCUUUUUGAACUAAUUCAGCGGAUGCAAAUCCGAACUGAAUUAAUGGGGAAACUCCGCACUAUUUUAGUGUGGGGGUGUGGGUGCGCCUGCACUAAUUUUGGUGGUCUUGGACUUGGUCUCUGGGUGUGAGGCAAAAAGGGCUGUACUCACAUCCCAUAUAUGUCGGCAUAUACACAUUAAACUUGCGUUUCGCAGGUAGACAAAGUUCAUGGUACAUUCUUCGGGGUGCAGUAUUGUACGCACACCCAAUUGAAUACUUAUCCAAGUAUACUCCUACCUUCAUGUCAAAGUUUGUUCGUGACAUGCAUUCAUUCGUUUCAC